UAGAAGUAGAAAAAAAAUACAUGAUUGUUUUACCCCAAAAUUGCGCACGACUGUGACUAGUUCUCACGGGGAGCUUUUCUGACUCACUCCUCGUUUUUUUAUAGCUCACUUUUUGUCUCCUUCCGGUGGCUUCGCCUGAUGAAUCCCAUCCGCGGCGGCGGCGUGACGGACACGCGCGCGCAGCGAGUGACGUGUUUGUCCGCACCUUGCUCAAUGUUUUGCUCCUGAGCACACACCAGGAAGCGAAGCGAGCUAGCUGGUCCCCCCACCCUCGCGCGAUGAGAGCGACCAAAGAAUCGCCCAAAAACAUAACAUCUAUGGCGGUUAUGAUUUGGUAGCAGACGACGUCACGCGAGAGGCCGAUACACCGGCAUUUAAAAAAAACAACAACUCACCUCGGGUACCGUUAGCAGACCGCUAAGCUAGCUCGUUAGCAUCCGGCCGGAUUGUCGCUCGCUAGCAUUAGCAGUCCGUUAUCGUUAGCGGCUCCCUGCCCGGUGAGAUGGCUGCGGCGCCGAGAGGCUGUGUCGUGGCCGGGUAUCUGCUGCCGCUGCUGCUGCUGCUGACUGGGUGCACAGCGAGGAUACACAAGCUCACCCUGCGGAAUGAAACUCGAUUUGGCGUCGACCUCAACACUUUUGGUUUCUACGCGAACGGGACUCUGGACGUCAACCUGAUUUCUCUUCACCUCCCGAGUGAACAGCUGGUCAACUACAGCAUCCACCCGGUUGGUUUCAGCCUCUCCAGGUCCCGUGUGAACGGAGUCUUGUCCUACACGACAGAGGAGACAGAAACAUGCCCACUCACCGACAAAGUGACGGAGUCGACCAGUAAUGACGAGCCUCGUAUCCUUUUCCUCAUCAACAUCAAAACCCUCAGUGUCACUGUGAAGUCAACCGGUGACCAGGACAACCUCUUGACGGCAAAGCCAAAGGCCGAUGAGCCUAAAGUUCAGAGGAAAACCAGGGACACUGCUGACGCUCUACCAGAUGCAAAUGCAGACAAGCCAGGCGAAAAGUCGAACGAGGUCACAAUGUCAAAGUCUGUGGAUCAGAAGAAAGAGGAUCAGACGGAGCCAAAAGCCCCAGCCGAAGCUACAAACGUGGAGGAAAAUGUAUUCAAUCUGGGGAAGACCAAGCAAAUUACUUUAGCUUUGGACAAAAUCGACGGCUCCUACAACUUCAGCUUCCACAUGGUGGUCGGCCCGCUGGCGCAGGGUCUGUACACCCUCAAAUUCCACUACUGUCAGAACAGGUUACCCGGGUUCAAACAGCCUUACUCGUUCACGGUGGAGGUGACGGAGAAGAAUCCCGGCGGCUACCUGUCGGCAGCAGAAAUCCCUCUGUCUCGUCUGUACAUCUGCAUGGCUGGAGUCUUCUUCGCCGCUGCCAUGGUCUGGGUGUACACACUCAUGAAGCACAGGUACAGCGUGUUUAAGAUCCACUGGCUGAUGGCAGCGCUGGCCUUCACCAAGUCCACGUCGUUGGUUUUCCACAGCAUCAAUUAUCACUUCAUCAACACAGAGGGGCAUCCCAUCGAAGGCUGGGCUGUCAUGUACUAUAUCACACAUCUGCUCAAAGGGGCUCUCCUCUUCAUCACACUGGCACUGAUCGGCACCGGCUGGGCUUUCGUCAAAUACAUCCUGUCCGACAAGGAGAAGAAGAUCUUCAUGAUCGUCAUCCCCCUGCAGGUUCUGGCCAACGUUGCCUUCAUCAUCAUCGAGUCAACAGAAGAAGGCUCCAGUGAAUACUACCUGUGGAAGGAGAUCCUCUUCCUGGUCGACCUCAUCUGCUGCGGAGCCAUUCUGUUCCCUGUCGUCUGGUCGAUCCGUCAUCUCCAGGAGGCGUCCAGCACCGACGGAAAAGCUGCCAUGAAUCUGGAGAAGCUCAAGCUCUUCCGGCAUUAUUACGUGAUGAUCGUGUGUUACAUCUACUUCACGAGGAUCAUCGCCAUUCUGCUCAAGGUCACGAUGCCUUUCCAGUGGCAGUGGUGCUACGAGUUUCUGGUGGAGGUGUCCACGCUGGUCUUCUUCGUGUUGACGGGCUACAAGUUCCGACCGGCCUCCGACAACCCCUACCUCCAGCUUCCCCUGGACGAGGAGGAUGUGGAGAUGGAUGAAGUAGUGACCGAGUCCGGCGCCCUGGAGGGUAUUUCCCACGUCAAGAAGACGUCCAACGGACGCGAGCGCCAGAGGGAGUCCACCUUGUGAAGCGGGACGCUGCGUCUUCGGGAUGGACCCACGAAGAACAACACCACCACCACCACCACCACCACCACCACCCCCCAGUCAGCUGGUUAGAACACGGGGUGGACCACACGGACCAAGGCUCCUCCACCCACGUUGACAGCUUAACACUUUGGAGAAGAAGAAAAAAGAAAGACUCCUGUGUGGUUGCAAGAGUUUUUAAAAAAAAAAAAGGCGCCAUGCUUCCAAAAAAGGAGGCGCGACCACUUGUCUGGCUAUGCAACGAAGAAAAACAAACAACAAAACAACAAAAAAAUAAAAUAAAAGACCAACUUUCCUGGAAACACACUGAAAAGAUUUCAGGAGGAGACGAGCUCCUGCCGCAUGGACGGAGGAGCUUUGAUGUCCCCUCUCUCUCUCUCUCUCUCUCUCUCUCUCCCCAAAGAUUAAUUAUCAUUUUUAGAGAAAGACUUUCCUCCGGGUGUGUUUAUAUCGGCUAUUUAAAUCUUUUUGCGGGCGUCUGUACAGUUUCGUGUGUGAUGUGAAGAGUACACGUGUGUGUGUGUGUGUGUGAAUGUGACAUGAGACCACACAAGAUUUGAACACAACCUCUUUUUUUUUUCCCAUCUCUCUCUCUUAGCCCGUACUCAGGUAAAAGGCUAAUGGAAGAAGAAAAAAUUAAAAUUAAGCAACAAACAUAACCUGUUGCUUCUGUUUACCACCAUUCAGGAGGUCAGUGAAGGUCCCAUCAGUCAUUACACAGCGUCACCGCCACACCGUACAGUACAGUUACAUUUCUUGUUUUGAUAUAUAUUUGAUUUUUGACCUACUUGCAUAUUGAAAUGUGACAUUUCAGUAUUAUCCUUUUGCGUUGGAGAGCUGCUGUAAAAUGUAGCCGCUUCGGUCGGAUUGAGGGUCGAUUCGCAGGCGGCGACGCGUGGACCUAAACAGCUGUUUUGGGAUCAGAUUAUUUUUUAAUAACCGGGGCAGUGGCCCCAACUUUAAUUCAACAACGGCCUUGUUUCGUUUACUUUUAAUUUUUUUUAUUUCUAAUUGUUUGGCCACGCUGUGGCGAGGUGACCUGACUGAUUUUUCUUUGCUUUUGGUUUUGACCUUUCUCUUUCUUUUUUUUUUUUUUCCUGCUCUUGAUGUGAAGCUUGUUUUAUCAAUUCAUUGACGACUUAUCGGUUCGUGAAAGAUUCGAGACGUGUGCGGGCGGGGAUUAGACGGCCGUUUGUAAAUACUAAUUUCCAGAAGAAGACGACAGAAGGAGGCACGCAAAACACUUUUGGCUGGAGCUGCAUCAUUAGAAGAAGUUUUACAGACGAUAGUGAGGCAGGUUCAGUCGGAAUCACGUGAGGGAUCGAUGACAGACUACUGAGAUGUGACCACGGACACUGGACGCUGUUAACAGACUGUUGGUGAGUCUCCAGGCUCCAGGUUGUCGGGGGAAACCUGGGACGAGGACGACGAGGAGACUUAACGGACUGAACCAGUCGAGUGAAUAAAGUUUUUUUUGUUUUCUUUUUGCUUGUUACAGCCUGUUUGUGUGAACUGUCGCAAUAAAUCUGGUGUUCUGGAACGGUCUCGAAUCAA